AUGGAAACGAGAGGGAAAGGGCUGGUUGAAGCUGCUCCUUCCACCAGCGGAACUGCUCCCGAGCAGAAUGACCCCAACCAGCAAUCUCCAAUUCCCCAGGAGCCAGAACCCCAGCUCUCCCGAUCCGGAGCAGAAGGCUAUGAUCUUGGCCCCGCACCAUUCAAAACCAAGCCAGACUCAACCUCCUCGGAAGGACUUUUUGGGCUCCUUUACUCGGAAGGCAAUCUCAACACCCUCACUAAUGACCCCCGACUUCUCGCCCAAUCCACAUCUUUCCUCACCAAACACAGAACCGUCACUCUCUCUAUCAUUAAAGCAGUCAAUUACGCCAACGCAGUUGCACCUUCCCUCCAAUCCAAAAAUGCUUCUCCAGCUGCCGAACUCUCUCCAAGCUUCAAACCCUCCUCCGAAUCCAUUUUUCAAAACCUACUGGAUGAAACCCUCCCUGCCUGGAUAACCUAUUUCCUCACGAAAACCAGAAUUUUCUGCCCCACCUCCGAAGUAAUAAGCACUUCCACAUCCCUCAUACAAGAUCUCGUCAAAGGCUUCAGCGAAGUCUUCAGCCUGACCGAUCCAACAAAAUCAGAUAAUCCCAUCAUCUUCGCCUCUCCUGAAUUCUACUCCCUGGCCAACUGCCCGAAAGAAAAGGCCUUGAUGACGGAUAUAGAGAGUGUGACGAGGCUGAAAUCAGCGAUUGAGAAAGAAGAAGAGAAUUCUAAAGCAUUAAUGAAUUAUACCAAGGAUGGGAAGUCAUUUGUGAAAUUGCUGUUGUUGGCGCCGUUGGGGGAUGGGAAGGGGAAGGCGAGUCGAGGGGAGGAGCGAGUGGAGGUGUUUGAGAGGUUCUUGGUGAGGAGGAAGAUGCAGGCUAGAGAUGAUGGGAAAGAUGGGAAGGUAGAGGCGUUGGAGACGUUGAGGGAGUUGAGUGCGGCGUUUGAUUUGGAGGAGUGUGCUGUUCUUAGGAGUGGGAGCAGUCAUAGUUCAGUUUCCGCUGUCGGAGAGAACGAGAAAAGUGUGAACAGGCAGAGGAGAAUAAUUGCUAAUGAGCAAGGCUCUGGUGAGGACGACGACUCGGAGGUGGAGGCGGAGACAGAGCAAGGGACGGAGAGGCGGAAGCUAGCAGUCGAUGAGAAAUCUGGACGUCUCUCAGGGCUGUACAAUACGUAUAUUCUUGUCCGACCUUAUUGUUCCCUUCGUAUGAUCUUUGUCUCCCAAGCCGCCCGAAAUUUGGGAAAGUUUCAACAGAGGUACUUCCUUGCUCACGCUACUGCUCCUCCCUAA